AUGCUGAAAAGUCUUCAGGGCCCUCAUUUUAUUCCUGUGGGCAAUCGGGUUUCUGUGUUUGACCUUGUCAAUAACAAGUCCUUCACAUUCCCGUUCGAGAAUAGGAAGAACAUCACGACUAUCGCCCUGAGUCCGGACGGCAAUGUGCUUAUCUCGGUGGACGAAGACGGGCGUGCACUUUUGGUCAACGCAAGGCGAGGCGUUGUAAUGCAUCAUUUCAACUUCCAUAAAACCGUGAAGGAUAUCAAGUUCUCUCCGGAUGGAAAAUACAUCGCCGUGACCCAUGGUCCUCAUGUCCAGGUCUGGUGUACACCAAACCACCUGGUUCGCGAAUUCGCUCCAUUCAACCUACACCGGACAUACACUGGACAUCACGACGAAGUUUUGAGCAUAUCUUGGUCGCCUGACUCGAGAUGUUUCAUUACCACCUCGCGAGAUAUGACUGCGCGUCUCUUCACGCUGAAUCCAUUGGAUGGAUUCCGACCGAAGACCUUCGCUGGACAUCGAGACGCUGUUCAAUCUGCUUAUUUCUCCGCCAACGGCGACACUAUCUAUACCGUUAGCAAGGAUGGCGCCGUGUUCACUUGGAAAGCCAAGGACGAAGAUGGGUCGGACUCGGAUGAGCCCAUGGCUUCGACGUCGACAGAAAUAUACGGACGGAUAGCCAAUACCCGUUGGGGCAUUCAGAAGAGGAAUUACUUCAACCAAGCCAAUACGAAAGUCGUCUGCUCUACUUUCCACCCUGCCUCAAACCUUCUCGUCGUUGGCUUCACCUCUGGAAUCUUCGGCAUCUGGGAACUACCGGAAUUUACGAGCAUCCACACUCUCAGUAUAUCGCAAGAGAAGAUUUCAUCGGUCGCGAUCAACGCCUCAGGAGAAUGGCUCGCCUUCGGUGCCCGGAAACUGGGCCAACUGCUCGUGUGGGAAUGGCAAUCCGAAUCCUACGUGCUGAAACAACAAGGGCACUUCUUCGACAUGAAUACUCUCGAUUACGCCCCAGAUGGCCAGACGAUCGCCACGGGUGGAGAUGACGGCAAAGUUAAACUCUGGUCAUCUUUUUCCGGAUUCUGCUUCGUGACGUUCACGGAACACACCGCCCCGGUAUCGACAGUCAGCUUCGCAAAACAAGGCAGCGUCCUGUUCACAGCAUCGCUUGACGGUACUGUCAGAGCCUACGACCUCAUCCGAUAUCGCAAUUUCCGAGUGUUCACAUCUCCCAGACCUGUCCAGUUCUCGUGCCUCGCGGUAGACCCUUCGGGCGAAGUCGUCGCCGCUGGCUCCACCGAUUCAUUCGAAGUAUUCCUGUGGUCGGUACAAACAGGGAAGCUCCUUGACAUCCUCACAGGACACGAAGGCCCGAUCAGCUCUCUCGCAUUCUCCCCCGCUGGUGACAACCAGUUGGCGAGUGGAUCAUGGGACAAGACGGUCCGCAUCUGGAGUGUGUUUGGGCGCUCCCGUGCUGUCGAACCAUUCAAUUUGUCGGGAGAUGUCCUUGCUGUCGCAUUCCGACCGGAUGGGAACGAACUGGCUGUCUCUACCCUGGAUGGGCAGAUCACGUUCUUCGAUGUCCGUGACGGAAAACAAACCAAUGUCAUCGAGGGGAGGAAGGACGUUUCAGGAGGACGUAAAGCUGACGACAGGGUCUCAGCUGCCAACAGUUCGUCUGGAAAAUCCUACAACAGCCUUGCUUACACCGCCGACGGACGAUGUCUGCUCGCCGGUGGUAAUAGCAAGUAUGUCGUUCUGUAUGACGUACGGGAGGGAGAAGGUCUUAUGCUCAAGAAGUUCCAAAUUUCACAAAAUCUUUCGCUGGACGGAACGGAAGAAUUCCUCGACAGCCGCAAGGUCAACGAAGUAGGAAUCAACACCGAUUUGAUUGAUGACGGAGACGAGAGUGAUCUCGAAGACAGGCUCGACACCACUUUGCCUGGAGCCCGGAGAGGAGCAGGUGACAUGUCGGUUCGGAAAUACCGUCAAGAAGCUCGGACAAAGUGUAUACGAUUCUCGCCGACGGGAAGGGCGUGGGCGGCAGCAUCGACAGAAGGCCUGCUCAUCUAUUCUCUCGACGAAGCUGUGACCUUCGACCCCUUCGACCUCUCGAUAGAUCUCACCCCACAAGCGGUGCUCGAAGUCUUGUCGCAACGCGAAUACCUCAAAGCCCUCGUGAUGGCCUUCCGACUGAACGAGAAGCCGCUGAUUCAACGUGUAUACGAAAGCAUCCCCCCAGCUGAUAUUCGACUCUUAUCACGCCAACUGCCACUCGUAUACGUCCCGAAUCUGCUCAGGUUCGUCGCCGAACACCUGGAGAAGAGCCCGCAUUUGGAGUUUGAUCUGAUUUGGAGUAAAACCUUGCUCAUGCUCCACGGGCGGUACCUCAAGGAACGCUCGGGCGAGUAUGCGAGCGUGUUCCGGGUGUUGCAAAAAGGGUUGUCGGAUUCCGAACAGUCCAUUUCACGGAUUACUCUUAUUGACAUUGCUGAUUACUUUGGCAUGACUUCUACUUCAGACUCGAGGGUGAAUCUUGGUUUCCCUUGGUUCGCAACGUUUCCGUUUUCACUACGAACGGCGGUUAAAUUGAUUAUCGCGCCCGUAGAGAGACAGGAAGCGGCCCACCUUGCCCCUGGUCAACAUUGGUCUGGACUCCCGCCGGCACUGCAGGUUGCUUCCCGGAUGCUGUCGAUGUUGGAUGUUGCCUAUGAGACGCUGGAGGGUAACCAGGAACGCAGGAGAGAGCACGCACAUUGUUUAUUGGAGGAGCCAACAAACCACCACACCCCCACGAGGAACGUGGCUGCUGCUGCUCCCCAUAACUAA